AUGAGCAAGUCCUCGGACCGGUUCAUGAACGAGUCCUCAGACCGGUUCAUGAGCGAGUCCUCGGACCGGUUCAUGAACGAGUCCUCAGACCGGUUCAUGAACGAGUCCUCAGACCGGUUCAUGAGCGAGUCCUCAGACCGGUUCAUGAUCGAGUCCUCGGACCGGUUCAUGAUAGAGUCCUCGGACCGGUUCAUGAUCGAGUCCUCGGACCGGUUCAUGAUCGAGUCCUCAGACCGGUUCAUGAUCGAGUCCUCGGACCGGUUCAUGAUUGAGUCCUCGGACCGGUUCAUGAGCGAGUGCCCGACACCAGGGUGCGAUGGUUCGGGACAUAUUACUGGCAACUACGCGUCUCACAGAAGUCUCUCAGGGUGUCCUCGGGCCAGGAAGAGCGGGAUCAAGAUCAUCCACAGCAAAGAGAACAAGGAGGACCAGGAACCAAUCAGCUCAGUCUGUGGUUCUGUGGUGCAGCUCGGUCUGUGGUUCUGUGGUGCAGCUCAGUCUGUGGUGCAGCUCGGUCUGUGGUUCUGUGGUGCAGCUCAGUCUGUGGUUCUGUGGUGCAGCUCAGUCUGUGGUGCAGCUCGGUCUGUGGUUCUGUGGUGCAGCUCAGUCUGUGGUUCUGUGGUGCAGCUCGGUCUGUGGUUCUGUGGUGCAGCUUGGUCUGUGGUUCUGUGGUGCAGCUCGGUCUGUGGUUCUGUGGUGCAGCUCAGUCUGUGGUUCUGUGGUGCAGCUCAGUCUGUGGUGCAGCUCGGUCUGUGGUUCUGUGGUGCAGCUCGGUCUGUGGUUCUGUGGUGCAGCUUGGUCUGUGGUUCUGUGGUGCAGCUCGGUCUGUGGUUCUGUGGUGCAGCUCGGUCUGUGGUUCUGUGGUGCAGCUCGGUCUGUGGUUCUGUGGUGCAGCUCAGUCUGUGGUUCUGUGGUGCAGCCCGGUCUGUGGUUCUGUGGUGCAGCCCGGUCUGUGGUUCUGUGGUGCAGCUUGGUCUGUGGUUCUGUGGUGCAGCUCAGUCUGUGGUUCUGUGGUGCAGCUCAGUCUGUGGUGCAGCCCGGUCUGUGGUUCUGUGGUGCAGCUCGGUCUGUGGUUCUGUGGUGCAGCUCGGUCUGUGGUUCUGUGGUGCAGCUCAGUCUGUGGUUCUGUGGUGCAGCUCGGUCUGUGGUUCUGUGGUGCAGCUCAGUCUGUGGUUCUGUGGUGCAGCUCAGUCUGUGGUGCAGCUCGGUCUGUGGUUCUGUGGUGCAGCUCAGUCUGUGGUUCUGUGGUGCAGCUCAGUCUGUGGUGCAGCUCGGUCUGUGGUUCUGUGGUGCAGCUCAGUCUGUGGUUCUGUGGUGCAGCUCGGUCUGUGGUUCUGUGGUGCAGCUUGGUCUGUGGUUCUGUGGUGCAGCUCGGUCUGUGGUUCUGUGGUGCAGCUCAGUCUGUGGUUCUGUGGUGCAGCUCAGUCUGUGGUGCAGCUCGGUCUGUGGUUCUGUGGUGCAGCUCGGUCUGUGGUUCUGUGGUGCAGCUUGGUCUGUGGUUCUGUGGUGCAGCUCGGUCUGUGGUUCUGUGGUGCAGCUCGGUCUGUGGUUCUGUGGUGCAGCUCGGUCUGUGGUUCUGUGGUGCAGCUCAGUCUGUGGUUCUGUGGUGCAGCCCGGUCUGUGGUUCUGUGGUGCAGCCCGGUCUGUGGUUCUGUGGUGCAGCUUGGUCUGUGGUUCUGUGGUGCAGCUCAGUCUGUGGUUCUGUGGUGCAGCUCAGUCUGUGGUGCAGCCCGGUCUGUGGUUCUGUGGUGCAGCUCGGUCUGUGGUUCUGUGGUGCAGCUCAGUCUGUGGUUCUGUGGUGCAGCCCGGUCUGUGGUUCUGUGGUGCAGCCCGGUCUGUGGUUCUGUGGUGCAGCUUGGUCUGUGGUUCUGUGGUGCAGCUCAGUCUGUGGUGCAGCUCGGUCUGUGGUUCUGUGGUGCAGCUCAGUCUGUGGUUCUGUGGUGCAGCUCAGUCUGUGGUGCAGCCCGGUCUGUGGUUCUGUGGUGCAGCCCGGUCUGUGGUUCUGUGGUGCAGCUUGGUCUGUGGUUCUGUGGUGCAGCUCAGUCUGUGGUUCUGUGGUGCAGCUCAGUCUGUGGUGCAGCCCGGUCUGUGGUUCUGUGGUGCAGCUCGGUCUGUGGUUCUGUGGUGCAGCUCAGUCUGUGGUUCUGUGGUGCAGCCCGGUCUGUGGUUCUGUGGUGCAGCCCGGUCUGUGGUUCUGUGGUGCAGCUUGGUCUGUGGUUCUGUGGUGCAGCUCAGUCUGUGAUGCAGCUCAGUCCGUGGUUCUGUGGUGCAGCUCGGUCUGUGGUUCUGUGGUGCAGCUCGGUCUGUGGUUCUGUGGUGCAGCUCUGUCUGUGGUUCUGUGGUGCAGCCCGGUCUGUGGUUCUGUGGUGCAGCUCGGUUCUGUGGUGCAGCCCGGCCCGUGGUUCUGUGGUGCAGCUCGGUCUGUGGUUCUGUGGUGCAGCUCUGUCUGUGGUUCUGUGGUGCAGCCCGGUCUGUGGUUCUGUGGUGCAGCUCGGUUCUGUGGUGCAGCCCGGUCCGUGGUUCUGUGGUGCAGCUUGGUGUCCGGUCCCGGGGUGUGACGGCCAGGGUCAUGUGACGGGGAAGUACGCCUCCCACAGGAGUGCCUCGGGCUGUCCUAUCGCGGCCAAGCGCCAGAAAGACGGAUACUUAAACGGAAUUCAGUUCACGUGGAAAUCGGGAAAGACAGAGGGGAUGUCGUGUCCCACUCCGGGCUGCGACGGCUCGGGACAUGUCAGUGGCAGCUUCCUCACUCACCGCAGUUUGUCAGGUUGUCCUCGAGCCACUUCAGCCAUGAGGAAAGCCCGACUCUCAGGCGUGGACAUGCUCUCCAUCAAACAGCAGCGCCUUAGCAACGGUAACUACUGCUAA